AUGAGGAUCUGGUGGCUCCUGCUUGUUACUGGAAUCUGCACAGGGAAUGUGAACUCACAGGACACAUGCAGGCAGGGGCACCCUGGCAUCCCUGGAAAUCCCGGUCACAAUGGUUUGCCUGGAAGAGAUGGACGAGAUGGAGCAAAGGGUGACAAAGGGGACACAGGAGAACCAGGACAUCCUGGUGGUCCAGGGAAGGAUGGAAUGAAUGGAGAGAAAGGAGAACGAGGAGCAGACGGAAAAGUUGAAGCAAAAGGCAUCAAAGGCGAUCAAGGCUCAAGAGGAUCCCCGGGGAAACAUGGGCCAAAGGGAUUUGUUGGUCCCAUGGGAGAGAAAGGCCUCAGAGGAGAGACUGGCCCUCAAGGGCAAAAGGGGGAGAAAGGGGAUGUGGGUCCUACUGGUCCAGAGGGGUUCAAAGGCAACACUGGAACUUUGGGCCCCACUGGCCCACCUGGCCCGAUAGGCCCCAUUGGAAAGCCUGGUCCCAAGGGAGAUGCUGGACCCUUGGGGCCCCAGGGCGAGCCAGGAGUCCGGGGAGUGAGAGGCUGGAAAGGGGAUCGAGGAGAAAAAGGGAAAAUUGGUGAGACUCCAGUCUUGCCCAAAAGUGCUUUCACUGUGGGGCUCACAGUGCUGAGCAAGUUUCCUUCCUCAGAUGUACCCAUUAAAUUUGACAGAAUCCUGUAUAACGAAUUCAACCAUUUCGAUAUAGCUACGGGGAAAUUCACUUGCCACAUUGCUGGGGUCUAUUACUUCACCUACCACAUCACUGUUUUCUCCAGGAACGUUCAGGUAUCUUUGGUCAAAAAUGGAGUAAAAAUACUGCACACUAAGGACGGUUACACGAGCUCUGAGGACCAGGCCUCGGGCGGCACUGUCCUGCAGCUGAAGCUUGGGGACGAGGUGUGGCUGCAGGUGACAGGAGGGGAGAGGUUCAAUGGCUUGUUUGCAGAUGAGGACGACGACACAACUUUCACAGGUUUCCUUUUGUUCAGCAGCUCAUGACAGGGAAGCGUUUAUAAAGCUGCGUCACCAUCCAUCAGAAUGAGGUUGGUGAAGAUGUGAUUAGAUAAUUUUACUAUAUUAAUUACUCUCAUUAUUAUAAUAAUCAUUAAAAGGUGAAA